UUAAACUGAAAUUGCGAGUCACGGUUUCAGUUUAAAACAUGCGUGUUGAUAAGUUUGUGCGUGAGAAACACAGCCUUAAUGCAAGUGCCUUGUACUGUACCAGUAGUGGAGCAACUAAAUCCCUAUGGGCCCCAUUUAUAGCUAAUAUAUAAGAGGCAGUGAGUUAAAAUUUUGAGUUCAGGUCUCUCAAGUCAUGGCUUCUCUUUGGAUUCAUAGUAUCAUUUUCUUUGUUCUUGUUAUGCAACUACAGUCUUUGCUCCUUGUAGCACUUGCUUCAUCCAAUGUUCACAUUGUGUAUAUGGGAGAGAGACAGCAUGAUGAACCUGAACUUGUUCAAGACUCCCACCAUGAGAUUCUAUCAAAUAUACUUGGAAGCCAUGAAGCUGCCAAGGAGUCGAUUUUGUACAGCUACAAACAUGGCUUUUCGGGGUUUGCUGCAGUUUUAACUGAGUCACAAGCCAAGCUUAUUGCAGAUUUCCCAGGAGUUGUUAGUGUUGUACCAAACCGAGUUCUUAGUCUGCAGACAACUAGAAGUUGGGAUUUUCUCCAAGUAAAGCGUCAAAUUGCAAAUGGAAUUCUUUCAAUGAGUCAUUCGGGAAAUGGGAUUAUUAUUGGUGUCUUUGACACAGGAAUCUGGCCCGAGUCUGAAAGCUUCAAAGAUGAGGGAAUGGGGGAGGUUCCAUCUCAUUGGAAAGGCAUAUGCCAAACAGGAGAGAAGUUCAAUCAAUCCCACUGUAACAGGAAAAUUAUUGGUGCACGUUGGUAUAUCAAAGGAUAUGAAGCUGAAUUCGGAAAGCUAAAUACAAGUGAUGUGGGUGAAUACUUAUCUCCUAGAGAUGCUUCUGGUCAUGGUACUCACACAUCAUCUACUGCAGCUGGUGCUCCAAUAGAAAAUGUGAAUUUUAUGGGAUUAGCUCAAGGAUUAGCAAGAGGGGGUGCUCCAUCAGCUUGGUUAGCCGUCUACAAAGUUUGCUGGUCUACUGGUGGCUGCAGCUCAGCCGAUCUUCUUGCUGCAUUUGAUCAUGCAAUACUUGAUGGUGUAGAUGUGCUUUCAGUAUCUAUUGGCGCACCACCUCCGCUUUCUACUUAUGUUGAUGAAGUUUUGUCGAUUGGUUCCUUCCAUGCUGUAACCAAAGGAAUUUCUGUAGUAUGCUCUGCUGGGAAUUCGGGUCCUUAUUCUCAGACUGUCAUAAAUACAGCUCCAUGGGUUAUAACUGUAGCUGCAAGCACCAUAGAUAGAGCUUUCCCCACUGUGAUCACCAUGGGAAACAAUCAAACUCUUGUGGGUCAGGCUUUCUAUACAAUGAAAGAUAUGAACGAAUUUCACCCUAUUGUAUUUGGAGAAGACAUAGCAGCUAGUGGUGCAGAUGAAGAUGAUGCAAGGAGCUGUGAUUCAGGAGCACUAAAUGCCACUUUAGCAAGAGGAAAAGUAGUUCUUUGUUUUCAAUCUCGUUUUCAGAGGUCAGCUACCAUUGCUAUAAAUACUGUACUGGAUGUUCAGGGUGCUGGUCUCAUCUUCGCCCAGUUUCCAAGAAAGGAGGUUACUGAAUCCUGGGAUAUCGCUUGUGUCCAAGUGGACUUUGUAAUUGGGACAACUCUGCUCACAUACAUUGGGACGACCAGCAAUCCUGUAGUCAAGUUUAGCCUAACAAAAACAGCUGUGGGACAACAGAUUUCCUCAGAAGUGGCAUCCUUCUCGGCUCGAGGACCCAGUUCCUUAUCUCCAUCUGUAUUAAAGCCUGAUAUUGCUGCUCCUGGGGUUAAUAUCUUGGCCUCCUGGUCCCCUGCUUCUCUCCCCUAUUCAGUCAUUACAAAACCUCCUCCACUCAACUUCAAAUUUGACUCAGGAACUUCCAUGGCUUGUCCACAUAUAUCUGGGAUUGUGACUCUUCUUAAAGCUAUCCAUCCAACAUGGAGCCCUGCUGCAAUCAAGUCUGCACUUGUCACUACAGCUUCUUUGGACGAUGAAUUUGGUGAAUGUAUUGGGGCCGAAGGAUCUCCCCAUAAGCAGGCUGAUCCAUUCGACUAUGGAGGUGGUCAUGUUGAUCCUAACAAAGCCAUAGAUCCUGGUCUUAUAUAUGACAUGGGGGUCUCAGAUUAUACCCGUUUUCUUUGUGCAAUGGGCUACAAUAAUUCUGCCAUCAGUUCGGUUACUGGGACUAGCACCCAAUGCUACACAUCAGCCAACUUCCUUGAAAAUCUUAAUCUGCCAUCUAUUUCCAUUCCUGAGCUGAAGGAGAAGUUAACCGUGACAAGAACGGUCACAAAUGUUGGUCCAGUUAACUCUGUUUACACUGCUUUUGUUCAAGCCCCAGCAGGCACUGUUGUUAGUGUCCAGCCAUCAAUUUUAUUCUUUAAUUCCACAAUAAGGAAGCUGAAGUUCAAGGUGACUUUCCAUUCCAAGCUAAGAAUUCAAGGAAGAUACUCAUUUGGCAAUCUGAUUUGGGAAGAUGGUUUCCAUGUAGUGAGAAUACCAUUGAUAGUUAGGACUGUCAUACAAGAUUUUUAUGCUGAUACAUGAUGCUAUUGCCACCUGACUGUAUCCCCCUGUAUAAAUAAAUGGUUAAUGUAGGUUGCACACGGCCUGUUGCACACAUCCAUAUACACAUAGCCUUAAAACUCGUGUGUUCAAAACACAAUUUCAGUUGAUGUGGGCCAUGUGGCAGUGUGGCACACACUCCGCUAUGUGUAAUAAUCAGCGCUUUAAAUAAAUUAUUGCUGAUGAUUAAUAAUC